UGGCAGAUUUAAGUUCACCAUGAUGAAUAUACAUGGCAAGAUUUUGGCUUUAGCACAUCCAAGUGAAAAAAGAGAAGCAAUAAGAGGACAAGGGCAUCUUUGUAAUGUGGAAGGGGGAAUUUAUUGGUAAGUGUUCAGUGUUGAUGACUCCCAACCUUAGAAGCCUCAAAAGAAUACGCAGCUCAAGCCUUUAUCAAAAUUCACUAUAAUUAUCAGCCUCUUUACCUAAUACAAUCUCUUAAUUAUAUUCCCUUCCUCCCUGCUUUUUUUUUCUUCUUUAAUUUUUGAUUCCGUUGUACUAUUUUUUUGGUCCAGCUUCACAAUUUGCCUCGAUUUCAGGACCCCUCCUCCAAGUAUAUAUACCCCUCCCAUCCUCAAACAAGCUUCACAUAUUCCAUUAUUUCAAUCAUCUCUCCACCAACAAAUUGUAAUUUGCUUUCAUGUUCCAAGGAAAUAUGAACAGGCCAGGAGAUUGGAACUGCAGGUCAUGCCAGCACCUCAACUUCCAGAGGAGGGACUCGUGCCAGCGAUGCGGUGAGCCGAGGCACGGCAGCAUUGAGAGAGGUGUGAUCGACUUUGGAUUCGGCUCAGGCUCGGGGAUGAGGAAUGCAGGGUUGUCGCCAUUUGGCCUGACGGGCCCGGAUGUCAGGCCUGGAGACUGGUACUGUAAUAUUGGAAACUGCGGUGCUCACAAUUUUGCAAGCCGCUCUAGCUGCUUCAAAUGUGGCGCCUUCAAGGAUGAAACUGGUGGUGGAGGGUUUGAUGGCAGUGCUGCUGACAUUUCUCGCGGAAGAGGUUUUGGAAGUAUUGGAGGCGGAAGUGGUAGCAGCGGACGCUCUGCAUGGAAGUCCGGUGAUUGGAUUUGCACCAGGUUAGGAUGCAACGAGCACAACUUUGCUAGCAGAAUGGAAUGCUUCAGAUGCAAUGCCCCCAGGGAGCCUGGCAGCAGAUCUCCCUAUUAGCCACAUGAAAUAUAUUUUGGUAAGCUAAAAUUUAUGAAAGUGAGAAGAUCAAGUAGCACAGUAUUCGACAUGCAUGAAAUCUGAGUCAUCCCUUUUUGGCCCUACGUAGCCCAGCCCCAUCAAUCUCCUCUCUUUUUCUCUUUUCCUUUUACUUUUGUAUGCCCUUUAUAGUCCUUACUCAUAAGGAGCUUUUUCAUUUUCAUCUUUUUAUUUUUCUGCUUCUUAAAUCCAUGGACUAUGUUUCCAAUAUUGAAUUAGAUCUGACUUCUUUGUUUUGUGAGAUGCUUUUAUUAUAAAAUGUUAUAGCCAUUUACUUC